GCCGCGAGGGGGCCUGGCCGCCGCUGCCUCCUCCUCAGCACUGCCCGCCGCGCCGGGAGGCAGCGUGUUCCCGGCCAGCGGCGGACCUCUGCUCACCGGCGGCGCGGCCGUGCAUAUCCCCGUCGCUGGUGCCGCAAAGGCUACCCUCUACUGCCGCGUCUUCCUGCUCGACGGGACCGAAGUGAGAGUGGACCUGCCGAAACAUGCCAAAGGCCAGGAUUUGUUUGAUCAAAUCGUAUACCACUUGGACCUCGUGGAAACAGAUUACUUUGGCCUCCAGUUCCUCGACUCGGCCCAGGUCACGCACUGGCUGGAUCAUUCAAAACCCAUAAAAAAGCAGAUGAAAAUUGGACCUGCUUAUGCUUUGCACUUUCGAGUUAAAUACUAUUCUUCAGAACCGAACAACCUUCGUGAAGAGUUUACAAGGUACCUGUUUGUUUUACAACUCAGGCAUGACAUUCUUUCAGGAAAACUGAAAUGCCCAUAUGAAACUGCUGUGGAAUUAGCUGCUCUCUGUCUACAAGCGGAGCUGGGGGAGUGUGAGCUUCCAGAACACACCCCAGAGCUUGUGUCUGAGUUUCGGUUCAUUCCAAAUCAGACAGAAGCAAUGGAAUUUGACAUCUUCCAGAGAUGGAAAGAGUGCAGGGGAAAGAGCCCUGCCCAGGCGGAACUCUCAUAUCUGAAUAAAGCGAAGUGGCUGGAAAUGUAUGGGGUAGACAUGCACGUUGUCAGGGGAAGAGAUGGCUGUGAAUAUUCUCUUGGACUGACUCCGACAGGCAUAUUAAUCUUUGAAGGAGCUAACAAAAUAGGCUUAUUCUUUUGGCCUAAAAUUACCAAAAUGGAUUUUAAAAAGAGCAAAUUGACACUUGUAGUGGUUGAGGAUGACGAUCAGGGGCGUGAGCAGGAGCACACAUUUGUGUUCCGGUUAGACAAUGCCAAGACCUGCAAGCACCUCUGGAAGUGUGCAGUGGAGCAUCACGCCUUCUUCCGACUGCGGACACCAGGAAAUAGCAAAUCAAACAGAUCGGACUUCAUCAGGCUGGGAUCUCGAUUCCGAUUCAGUGGGCGGACAGAAUAUCAAGCUACACAUGGGGCCAGGUUACGAAGAACCAGCACCUUUGAAAGGAAGCCCAGUAAACGCUAUCCGUCCCGGAGACAUUCCACUUUCAAAGCAAGCAACCCGGUGAUAGCAGCUCAGCUCUGCUCUAAGACAAAUCCUGAAGUCCAUAACUACCAGCCUCAGUAUCAUCCUAAUAUCCACCCCAGCCAGCCUCGGUGGCACCCUCACUCUCCAAAUGUAAGCUACCCGCUCCCCUCCCCAGCGCUCAGCAGCUCUGACCGGCUGCCUUUUGGCAUCGAGGAGAAUGGGGGCACACCAUUCACCGCCAAAGCGCCAGGAAGGCAUCACCACCACCAGCACCAACACCAGCACCACCCAAGCUAUGGCCUCACACUGACCCUGGAGAGCAAAGAGGGGCCUUUGAGGUCCCCAAGCUCCGGCAGUAAGUCCCUUACAAAACUGAGUCCAGGAGCACCUGCCCUGUUCGGUGAUGCAGCGGCCCAUCUAAAGAAGCUGGAACUGGAAACGGUGAAGGCUGUUGGACCCUGGCCUGCUCUGCACAUCAACAUAAACAAGGCUGAAGAAAAGAAAGUCUCUGAGAAGACUCUUCAGACUCCACUUUUGCCUUCCCCUGUAGCUGACCAUGUGAAGUGUAACAUUUUGAAAGCCCAGUUGGAGAAUGCUUCCAGGGCAAAUGCCCAGGUUGGAAAAGAGGAAUCAACAUUUGUAAAUAUGAAUAAAAAAUCCAGUCUUCAGGACGCUAAUGUAAGAAGUCCUAUUCCUAUACGUGUGGAAACUACCCAACCAGCUGUGGAGAAGCCGGAAAUCAAGCCUCCCCGUGUGAGGAAGUUAACAAGACAAUACAGUUUUGAUGAAGACGACCUCCCUCCAGACUUGGCCGAGGCAGUGGGAGUGACCACAACGACAACCACAACCUCCACUACAACCAUCACCACCACACAAGUCUCAGUGCCGCUGGCAUCUCCCAAGGUCCAGAAAGUCAGCUCGCCUCAGAAGUCAGAAGGCAAGGGUCAGCCAUCCCCAGGGGCCAAGAGCCCCUCUGACCGAGGAGGUACCUUUACCUUGGAGCCAGGUGAUCUUCUGAUGGAUUUCACAGAAGCCACUCCUCUGGCAGAGCCCGCCAGCGCCCCACACUGUGCCCACUCUCGCUGUUCUCCUCCACUCUCUCUCCCCAUGAAGGAAGAGCCCACUGGAGUUUGCAUGCACCCUCCAAUCAAAACGAGGCUGAUAAAAACAUUCCCGGCUGAUACAGUGAACCCAUUUCCUGAGCCUUUCACCACAGGGCCACAGUUUACUGCCACCUUUCGAGAUAGUAAAUUGCAGUACUGCCCUGGGCAGUCUUCCCCACUGAUUCCAGCCGCGGCCCUGAGGCCUUUGACAGAGACCGUGUCCACAGUGCAGACCAUCUACACCACCCGGAAGCCUGUGUCUCUGGCAGCCAGCGCAGAGACGCUCCGGCAGGAACUGGAGAGAGAGAAAAUGAUGAAAAGACUGUUGAUGACCGAACUGUGAAAUUCUUCCCUUGUCGCCUGGAGGACGGCACGGUGCCUUCUGUCCGUUUUCGUUCUUUGGGCUUUGUGCGCACUCUAGCACAACUUACAAAUGUUGCGUGCUCUGUGCUUCCAGGUCUCCUUGGUCAGUUAAAGCCAACUUCUGGCUUGGUUUUUAUUGGCAAAGUGAUUUUACUUCUCCUGAGCAUUAGAGUUUUUCUACUACUCAGUGUAGCUGAGACAGGAUUUGGUAAGUCUAGGAGUAAAAAGAUGGGAAAAUGGGGAUUCCUUUUCGGAAGUACCCAUGUACAUAUGUUAAUAACCACAGGGUUAAUAUGGCGCAGAAUCCUUUGCUAUCAAUCUCAACCAUGUGAUUUUGUAUGACUGAAACUUGCACCAAGCUUUGACUGUUUGUUAAAGAGUCAUUUUUAAUGAGGGAAUAACUACUUCUUUAUUGCUGGUUUUUCAUUUACACUGAUAAAUACACCAGUCUUCUAAAGUCCUUAACAUUCAUUUUUAUUCAGACAUGAGUAGAUGAACUAAAAAAAAAGAAAGUUGCACAUCACCAUGACUGAAAGUACUUCAGCUUAAUCUUAAAUGUAAUUUAACUUGUGAUCUUGGUGGAUACGAUAUUAUUUGGGAUAAAUAGAAUUUAUCAUUGAACUCAAAGCAGGAAAUUAUAAGCUUAAGUUAUCUAAAAAUUCUUAUAAGGUUAAGAUGAUUCAAUAUCAGGACGAUUCAUUUGGGUGUUCCAUAAAGGGAAGUUACUUCAAAAGUUGAUCAGUUCAUGUCCUGGUGAUAGAACCUAGAACAGAAGAAAUUUUGCUCUUUUUAUAUAGUUUCAGGAAAUGUGUUUUUAAAUUUUUAUUAUGCACUUGAACAACUUUGCAGGAAAAAAGGAACCCCUUAACCACAAACUAUCCCUCUAAAUUUUUUCCCAAGCUUUCUCAAUGUAUAUGCACAUAUUUUUACAUACUAUGAUUAGCGUGAACAUAGUCUUUUGUUGUACUUCCCCACCUAACACAUCUCUCCUCUUAUCAACACAGAUCCUGCUCUCACCAAUUCAGAUAUCUUUGUAUCAAUGUGUUGUGGUUAACCUCACUUUUCCCUAUUGUUAGAUAUUUGAGUUAGAUCCAAUUUUUCACUCUAACAAAUAGUGCGGCUAUGAAUGUCUUUAUUAAAAAAAAAAAUGUUCCUUCUUUUUGGAUUAUUCCUUUGGGCAUAUCUCCAAAGAUGGAUUACAAAGUCAAAGAGCAUGAAUUAUUUUAUAGCUCUUGUUGCAUAUUGCCAGGUUGCUUUCUGGAAAGAUCCAAUCUCUGGGUUGGAAGUACCUAGGAGGUCAUUUAGUUCAACUCCCAUCCCCUCUGAAUGUUUGAAUCCCCUCUACAAUUUAUAAUGCUACCAGCAAUGUAUAAGCAUUUCUAUUUACCAGUAACUCUGCCAGUAUUGGGUUUUGCCAUUUUUAUUUAUUUUCGCUAGUUUAACAGGUGUGUAUAAUUGUUCUUGAGAGGUUGUUUUAUUUCAUUAAUUGCUAGCAAGAUUGAGCACUUUUCCAUGUGAUGAUUUACUAACUGUAUUUCCUUGUGUGUAAAAUGUCCAUCCGUUUCUUAUGACUACUUGUUAAGUGGAAAUGAUCUUGUACAUUUGUAUCAGAACUGUAUUUUUAUGUUGUAUUGUAUAGUUUGCUCUCCUGUCCUUAUCCUUAAAACUGAAUGGUGCCAAUAAUUUGAUACUAAUGAUUAUAAAAAAAAAAAAAGUAAUGCCUCAUUUACUAGUACUGUUGUAAAAUGAGGCAUGUAAGCAGAUAUUCAGACAACUGAGGAUUAACCCUUUAAGUGCUGACUCUAUAAAAUUUUAAUAUUUUUUGAGGGAAAUCUUUCUAAAAUGUGUUACACACUUCCCUGCCUUACUAAACAGAGUAUACCGGAGAGUAUUUAACCUUUUCUUGAUGAGUCAUGGUCAUCAUUAUAAGCAUCAGCCCCUUCUGUACCUUGGUAUGGUACAGUGAGGUCAUCAGGAGCUAUCCAAAUGUGUCGGCCUUGGCUUUGCCUUUCACAGACUAUUAACGCUCUCCUCAUUGAUGGUUUUUACUGCCGUCUGCUCCGUCAGUGAUGUCAGGGCAAUUGUAGUGUUUGGGGCCUUUUAUCACAACUACAUGACCCCCAGCUGUAUUUUGAAACAGCUUUAGCCGUUCUUUAUCUCGUACACAUGAUACAAAAUACGUUCCUGUACAAUCUGGGAGAUAUCUGUGUCUGGGGUUGUCACCUCUUGCCAAUCCAAAACUCUCCUCUUCUAACUUGCUUUCUGGGCUUCUGUUCUUCAUCUCCUGCUCUCUGAUUGAAACCUCCAGGGAUAAACUGAAGGUUUCUUGGGGGAGCCAGGAAACCAAGUAUUAACAUACAUGUCAGGGUUGCUUCGCUUCUGAGGAGGAUGCAUGGGCUUUUGGCCGCUGUUUUGUGGAGCUUCCGAGCCUCCUGCUUAUUCCUUACUUCCCCCCUGGGUUCACAGAUUCUUCACAGAAGGUUGAUGUCACUGGAAGUCUGACCACAAGCAAGUUGGCUGUUUCUGUAUAUGAAAACCCAGUACCUUUGGCAGCUCAACUCUAACCAGUAAAAUUGAGAGGAUUCUAUUGUUUCA